GUGAAGUCAGAUUAUUAAAAAGAUUAAUAAAAUAUUGCCUUCUCUAAAUUAUAAUACUAGCUUUAAAUAAGCAAAAGUUUAAGAUAAAUAGCUUUAACUAUCCCAAAAAAUUUAGUCUUAUAAAAGCUCAUAAAUUAGAGGCGACCUCAAAUGAAAGGGUAAAUCUUAAAAUAAAGUAAUUGUAAAUUAAACGAGCAUAGUGAGAUUACUACUUUAUAAGAUUAUUCUAAUCCAUACUAUUAGUUUAAAAUUCUUUAGCUUCAAUAGUAGAACUAAAAUUUAGGAGAAUAAUCACAAUCUUUAAUCCAUUUUCCAUCUUAAACUCUUGUUAACUAAGACAUUAGAUUAGAUGCUAAUAUUCGAAAUGGAGUCAAUAGUGAAAUGUGUAACCUUUAAAAUAAAAAUUCCAAAAGUUGUGCAAAUAACUCUUUCAGCUAUAAGCAGCAAGAAUCUUAAUGCUUCGAAUAAAACUCAAAAUUGACUAAUGAGAACUAAGAUACCUGCUGUUAUUUAUCCAAAACAGAUUAAUAAGUACACCAAGAAAAUAAAAUAUAAUUUCUCCAAUCUAGCUUUUGUGAGAGAUAGAGUUUAUUUUCUGUAAAUUAAGCAAGUUCCAUGCUUGCAAAACAAGAAAAAAAUAAGGUAGUGAAUUUUCUAAUCCCAUUAGAUUCAAAAGAGGUAAAUAAAUCAGAACAAAAGCAAAAAGGAGGAUUUAAAAAAAGAAAUAAUCUAUUGACAAGAGAUAAUAAUGCAUAAAAAUAGGUAUGGAGAAAAAAGUGGCUUUAGAUUUUGGCAUUAGUUUCAAAGAUGAAGAAAGCAGCAUAUUAAAGCUCAUUAUUUUUUAGACCUUAAUGCCUAAGAGAAAUCCAGAUCAGGCUUAUCAAUGAUUUAUCAAGUAAUCAGGUCCAUUAAAAUGAGCUCACUUAGUUAGAUAAAUAUAAUUUAGGCCGCUUAUUUACCUACUCUAAUUUUUAGGGUAUUAUGUCCUUUAAAAAUUAUAGAAAAACCUUAAAGUUUAUAAUAAAAUAUUUUGGGUUUCUUAUUACAGCAUACGACUUUCUUAUUAAUUAGAUUUAAAUGAUUGGCAUAUGUAUAUUUAAAUUCUUUCCAUUAUUUCACAACUUAUCUACCUCUUAUAUUCUUUGGGAAGCGCUUAAUUCUACAGCUUCAUUAAUACUCUUUGUUUAUCUACCAUAUGAAUAUUGCUUCAGCUUAACCAGAGGAUAGUUCUUUUAAUACUAUAUUAACUAUUUCUGUACUAUAAUUUUUAGUAUUGAUAUUUUUGUUAAAUUUAAUACUGUAUCUACUGAGUAAGGUAAUCCUGUUGAAUAGCACAUGUAAAUAUUCACAAGCUACAUUAGAUCAACUUUUUUCAUCGAUCUAAUUAGUUUUCUCAGUUUAAAUCAUAAUAUCUUUGGUUUUGAUGGUCUCUACUUUGUAUUCUUUUUAAGAAUUUUUUAGCCAUUUAGAAUCUUAGAAUUAUUUAGAGAAUAAUUUCUUUUAAAAACAAAAAUAUUUGGAGUGAUCUCUUUGAUAUAUUUAUUAGCUUAAGUUAUAUAUUUUGCUCAUCUAUUUACUUGUCUUUGGAAUUAUGUAGGCCUUUUGGAACUCAAAAGCAAUACAGGAUGGAUAGUAGCUUAUAAUUAUCAAACAGAAUCAGUUGCCAGCAGAUAUAUCUACACUUUCUAUUAUGCUGUAGUUACUAUGACUACAAUAGGGUAUGGAGAUUUCACUGCAUAAACUCAGUUGGAAAAACUCCUCAUGAUUUUUAUUGCUUUUUUUUCAUGUGGUAUUUUUGGCUAUACAAUUAACUCAAUAGGAAAUAUUCUGUAUGAUUUUAAGCAAAAGAGAGACCUCUACUUGUAAGAGCUAGCUAAAAUAAAUAAAUACUUUAAACAAAAUAAUGUUGAAUUAGGUCUUUAGUGUAGAGCAAAAAAAUAUAUAUAGUAUAUAUACAGCGAUUAAUACAGUGAUUAAUCUUGUUCAAUAAAGUCUCUCUCCUCUCUUUCUGUGUAUUUACAGAAAGAAAUACAGCAAGAUGUCUACAUCAAAAUGCUAAAAAAAGUACCUAUCUUUAGAGAGAUUGCUUCAGAACAAAUCUUCAACGAGCUAGCUCUGUUAAUGAAAGAAAAGAUAGUUUGUCAUGACUAAAUCAUUACUAAUCAGGAAGAAGAUGAAGAGGAAGAAAAUGAGUAAUUUAUUUAUUUUGUAAAUGAUGGAACUAUAUUAGAGUAUUGCUAACAUGAUUCUUAAACAUAAAUAAAAGAUAUUCAAAAAUUUAAAUAUGGUUAAUAUUUUGGGCUAGUUUAGUUUAUGAGUGGAGAUACUAAUCGAAAGCUAAAAUACAAAAGUAUAGGGGUUUCUUCUAUAUUAUAGCUAAGCUGCUCUAAUUUAAGAGAUGUCUUGAAGAAAUAUGAUUUAGAAUAUUAAAAAUUUUGCCAUAUUUUAGAUUAGGUUAGAUUUUAAAAUAAAUUUUAAAAAAUUAACUCAUAUUGUUUCUCAUGCUAGUAAAAAAAUCAUAGAAUAGAGGAAUGUCCUUAUUUAUUCUAUGAAGGUAAAAAAUCAAUAAUAUUGAGGUAAUACUUAAAAGAAUGUGAUUAUAAAAUUAAAAAUUUUGAGCGUAAAAAAUAAGAAAAAAGUUUAAACUCAUUAAUCAGCCAAGCUUAUGUAUCAUAACUAGCUGAUAAAUAUUUUUUGCAAAAUAUGCCAUGUUUUUCGAUGUGGUAUCAAAGCUAAGAAUCUGAGACUUCGCAGGAAAGUAGUUCUAAUUCUGAUCAAGAAACUGAAAAUGAAAGUAAAGAGAGCAGUUUAAUAGAAAAAAAUUAGUUGGAGGCUGAAAGAAAAGUAUAUAGUGAGUAAAAGUUAGGAGAAUGUAAAAAAAUAGGAUCUCUAAUUGAUGAUUAGCAACUAUAAUUACGUGAUAGGAAACUUAGUUUGUAAGUAUAAAAAAAUGUUAAUAACUUGCAUGAUUAUGGAGAAGUUAAUUCAUCUAAUUUAUCAAACAUGAAAAAAGUUAACAGUGGCAUCAAUCCAAGCAAAAUAUUUUAAGAAGAUGAAGGAAGUAUUAUAUUAGAAGAGAACUUAAAUAUUCAAGGAAAUAAAAAUAAAAGAAAUCGAAGCUAAAAAAAUGUGAACACAAAAGAUUCUAACUUGAAUAUUUUCAAUUUGCAAGAAUAUGAUUAAUAUGGAAAUGCAUUAAGCGAAACAAAGAUUUAAACAAAUCAAAAGAUAGAAAUUUAAUAAGCUCAAUCAUUACAAAUAUAAAAGCAAACAAAUAAAUAUUAGGAAAUAUUUAAAAAUAUUGAAUUUAUGUUAGCAAAUCAUCCCCCGCUUUAUUGUUUAAAUUAGAAUUGUCAAAUUUGUUUUUAAACAGAAAAUAAUAUAUAAAAUAUUAUCAAGGAAUUAUUUAUCAGUGAGAAAUAUACACCAAAUUAAAAAACUUAUUAAAAUUUUGAAAAUCAGAAAAUGAAAAGUAUACUCUAAUUAACGAAACAAAGAACUGCAUUUAUUUAAAGCCAGAAUAACAUGAAAACAUAAAAUUUUAGUUAUAAGAAUUUAAACAAUCAUUAAUUUUUAGGCAAGAGAGGCUCAAAAUAUAUAUAAGGAUUGUUUUAGUAACCAUUUAUUUAUGAUUUUGAUAAGAUGAGAAAUUUCUAGUUUUACUUUGUUGAUGGAAAUUAUUAAGCAGUUUUAGACAGAUACUAAAUUACAUAAAAGCAUAAAAUAUUUUAUUAAGAAUAAAAACUCUUUAUCUCAUAACACUCUACAAAAUUUAAUUAAAGAAUAAAUUGA